GUUGCUCAUGCGACGCGAUAACAAACAGGCAGCUUCUUCUUACAGGUGAUUGGUAAUACGUGAGAGUUGCCGGUCUCUCUAAUAUUCUAAUAACAAUAAUACUGUUGAAAAGGACGAAGGAACUUUUCAUCAGAAAUGGAAGAUUUAUUGCAACAAAUUGCAAAGGAAUCCUCUGGAUCAAAAUUAUCUGCCUUACGAAAAUCGGCACAAGAAGCAUAUGAUUUUCUGGAGGCUCAGCAGGGAUUAUUAAGAGACCCAGCACAUGAUCUUCGAGCAAAAUGCCUCCAUACAUUCCAGUUGGCUCUGGAGACAAAACGAAGCAAAUUUGUGGCUUAUGGUUUGACUGGAUUACAUAAACUGUUGAGAGAUGAUAGAUUCCAUUCUAAUUUUGAGCCAGAGGAUGAUUCAUUGUGGCUUCCAUCACAAUUGCUGCAUGCAAUGAGUUCCAUCCUCUCACAGUCUGAUGACACACAGGUUGAUAUGCUUAAGGUGCUGCUGAAUGUUGCCUGCAGCAGCUACUCUCCAAUGAAUGGUCGCAUUAUAAUCCAGAUUCUUACAUUGUGUAGUGAAGCCCAUGAGACAGGCAAUCAAGCUAUUCGCACAGCUGCACAGGCCGCCGCUAGUCAGACACUGCGUUCUUUUUGCAAUUUUCUGGAAGAAGAAUCUCAGGAACUCGACCGCAGUUUGAAGAGGUGUGGUGAAGGAGAUGUCAGUUCUGGAGUAUCCUGUUUCAAUGAGGUUAUUCCGAUAUUGCAGUUUAUCUGUAGCAAAAUGGAUGAGGCUCAAGUAGUUGGUCGUUGUGGAAACAGUGUUGUCUUUCUACUUGAGUGCUUACACACACUUGUUUCAAGCUUGCCUCAGCAGAUACAUAAUAACAAGCAUUUUAGUACAUUUUUGUGGCAGAAAUUCUGUCCAGCAUUAAUUGCCUUCCUUGGGUCACCUCGUGUUGACAAAAACAUCAUAUCAAGGGAAAAAGGAGGCAUGAAUGAAACAGAAGUUGGCCGUGGUUCAGGUUGCCUAGCUACAGCUCCAAGUUUCAACAGUUCUGAAGCAAAGACUGUUUACAGUAUUGGCACACAGCUGGUGCGACUAGUUGGAUGUGUGGGCUCUAUGAGACCAGUUCUGGAAUCUGUUUUUCACCGUAUGUUGCUGUAUCCACCUCCACAGCACAGAUUGGAAGCUUUAAAAUCACUGAGAGAGCUGCUCCGCAGUCCAAGCCGUAUAGUAGAUUUCGCUGGCCCGAUUUUGGUGGAAGAUGAUAAAGGAUCUCAACAAAGUGAUAUGGCCCUUAUGAGACUGGUGAUGGACUCAAUUGAAGAAUGCAGUAGAUGCAGUGACUCGGCAGUAUCAAAUGUCAGUGUUUCGUGUGUUGUUGCUCUGCUUGGAUCAUUGGAGGAAUUAUGCACUGGAAAGGGGAUUACUCAUACUUACAUGGAUCGUAUAAACACACUCUACACGGAACUACAUCAGUGUGAUUACAAAGGCCCUCUAACAUACCAGUCAAUGCUGCGUUUGCCUAAGCCAUAUCGUGAACGUAUUGAGAGGGAACAAGAGUAUCUAGCUACACAUGACAAGAGUCUUUGUAAAGCUAAUAAAUUACAUAAAUGUGAUGACCCACAAACUGCUGAAGAUGACAGUGACAGCAGUGGCAUUGGUGAACAGGGUGAUGACUCUCUGCCACGUCCACAUUCACAGUGUGGUAGCACUAGUUCAGGGGAAACAGAGGGUCCAGAAGAAGGUUACUGUCAUGACCAUUUGCAGAUUGAUGAAAUGGUUCUCGCAGCAGAGAGGGAAAGAGAACAGCAGGAGGCUCUGCGAUUGGAGAAACUUCCAAGGUCAUUGCAUCAUUCUGAUAUGCCAUUUCCCAGGGUUCGUGAGGAAUACACUGAUGUUGAAAGACAUAAUGCUCGUCAUUUUGCGCAAACAUUACAAUCCCUGCUACCAUCGCUUUUGGCACUACGUAGCUCAAUUGAAGUAGAUGAAGCAAUUCAGGAUUUCUCUUCAAAAUACUGCCAAGGUCUUUUUGCAGGCCAACACAUAUCUGCUCGUGAGACUACUUCUCCGCACAGCCUUGCUCUAAUAACAGUUGUAAAUGCAGAUGGAAUUUAUUUAGCUACAUAUGCUGCACUUUUAUUGAAUUUGAAGCUUAUCAAGCUUGGAUAUUACUUGCAGGAUACGAAACCUAUACCAAUGACAGAGGCUGAGUUCGUGGAAGGAGUACAUGGCAGUGGAGUACUGGUAUAUCUUUCUGACACCUGGCUUUCUGAGCUAUAUCAGCAUGUUCUGGCCCUAAACAUGCUUGAAAGGUCUGGUUACCGCCCAUCUUCUGGCAAUAAUUAUGCACUUAUUAACUUACUAACAGACUUAGAUGGUUUAGGCAGCACCCAGCAAGGCGGGCAACUGUUGUCAGAUUGCCAGCGUCUGGAAAGAGCAGCAUCACAUGGUGAAACAAGUCCAGAAGUUGAUGCAGGUCUAAAACUUUCUCGCCGUGUCCUCAGCUGUGUUUGGGACUCUAUGCUUGCUGUGCUGUCAGCUGCAUUAGGUGAAGAUGGAGUACCACUGGGUGUAACUUCAAGUCUAGCUCUUUUAUUGGGCUCAGAAGGAGCUCGGGAAGAGCACCGUCGAGCACGAGACAGUGUUAUCUCGAGCCUUGAAGGACUUCACAAGGCAGCAAGGCUCAGCAAUAUCUUAGGCCUUCAGAACCGAUGUGGAAGUGUAUUUGGACUUCUGGCAGAAGCAUCGUGCCCAACUGUGGUUGGGGAUAUAAGUGCAGGAACAACAGCGCAGGCUGGACUCGGACAAGUGAGGCGUCAUUUACGGAGGCCACGUGAUGUUCUACGUCUUCUUCAGGGUUGGCCAGAGAAACUUCAUACAUCACACGCUCUCAGUAUGGAUGUCCUUCUUGGUCGAGGACUUGAACUUGGGAGCCACAGCCCUGACUGUUGGCCACAUGUGUUCCGAUGCUGUUUAUAUGUAUGUCAAUUGGAACAUGGUUUCUUCAGUCAGUCAAAAAAUAGAAAUCUCAUCUCAAAACUUCCUGUGAAAGCAUCUAGCUCAAGUUCUUUGCAAUCAGAUAAAACAUCAGAUUAUUUGACAAUGGGUUUCAUUAUUCAGGAUGAAAAUGAAGAUGAUGAUGCGUGUGUUGAUGUGUAUAGUUUCCUAGCUGGACCUGCUUCAUCUGUGACUACUACAGAUAACAUCAUAGAGCUCAUUCAAGAGAGUAAUGCAGAUAUUACUUCACAUGGUGUCCUGAAUUAUCAAUAUGCAGCUAAAGUCAGUUGUAUUCUGUCGCAGCAAGUUGACAAGCUGUUUGAUGACGCAGCACUCAAGCUGAAUUUGAAGGCUCUUAGCAAUUUCUUAUUAGCUUUGUGCAGUGCUUCACAAAAACAGUUAUUUGCUCAACACUCAGGAAUUGUAAAAGAUAUGCCACUUUCGGGUAAGCUGUGGUGGCGUAAGACUCAGCCAUGCUCACCUUUAGAAAGUCAUCAUCAACUACUGCUUCACCGUGUUGGGGAUGUUACACUUAAAUGUAUUCGCAGUGGGAGACCUCUCAUACAUAUAAUGCAGGUGUGGUCCAUUGUUGGCCCACAUUUCAUGGAGGCUGCAUGUCAUAAGGAACGAGCCAUCUCCAAAAAAGCAGUUGCAUGCAUUCAUGAUGCUGUAAAUGCCCUCUUGAAUGAGCAGACAGAGCUACCGUAUUUUCAUUUUAAUGAAGCUCUCUUCAAACCUUUUGAAAAUCUACUAUGUCUUGAACUCUGUGAUGUAGAUGUUCAGGAUCAGAUUGUGAGCUGUAUUUGUGAAUUUGUGGAAGCAAACAGAACCGAAAUACGAUCUGGCUGGCGCCCCCUUUUUGGUGCUCUUAGGGUAGUCAAAUUACCAUUUUCACAGACUGCUGGAGAUAACAUAAACAGCCACCUUCGUGCUUUGCUUGAUGUGUUUGAAGUAUUUCUGCAAACUGAUAAUGCAUUGGUGUUCUCAAAUGCUGCAGUCGAUUGCAUACUUUGCCUACUGAAACAUGUACGAGGCCCAAGUGAAAUUGAAGAAAUUUCUGGUUACCCACCAGAUGAAUUCACAGGUUCUCAUUUGAAUCCAUCUGUGGAACUUUGCCUGGCUGCACUAAGAUAUCUUGAGAGAUGUGCUGACAUUUUAGCGUCUAUGUACAAUAUGCCUGCAUGCCCAGUAUUUCACUCAGCUCACAGGAUUCAGUUAAACAACUCACCACAAGUUGUGGAUCCAUUAAUACCGAAUGUGGAAGUUACUCAAUUUGAAAUGGGUACAAGUGCUGCUGAGAGUAAUAUGGAUGGUGGUAUUUCAUACAGCUCACUUAGUAUCAGUGGUGAGAUGCUAUCACUGGAUGCUUUAGACAAACCUAGUGGUGUUUUACGAGUGUGGUUCAUACUAUUGGAAGGACUGGCAAGUGCUACAAUGACCUGCCCACGCCGUUAUCAACCGUAUGCCUUGGAUGUAUUGUUUCAGCUGCUAAGGGAGUUGCUCAGUAUGCCUGGUGCUGAAUUUGGACUGUACUCUAUUAACCAUUUAUUGCUCCCAAUGGUGCAGAAUUGGUUGAGGAAAACAGGGCGUAUUUACCGUGGAUGGGAUAAUUUUGCAGUCAAUUUCAAACAGUGCUGUGGAUUGGCAACGGAUCUUGUUGUGGAAUAUCUUACACAUUUGCAAGGAGGAACAAAGAACCAAGCUGAAAUACCAGCAGCCACUUUAAUGCUAAAGCAGCUGCUCCUAGUAAUGGUGGAAUGUGUGGUGCAGCCUACAGAAAGCAUUGCUCGACUUGGUUGUGCUUGUAUCAGACAUGUUGUGCUGAGUGCAGGGCCAGUGAUGACUCCAUCACAGUGGCAAGUGGCAACUGUUGCACUGCAUCGUGCCUGUUCUGUGUCAUUACACUCACUGCAGCAGCUGAUGGUUGCAUUCCGACCAGGAUCUCAUUGUUUUUAUGGAGAUGUUGGGCAGGUCAAAGUGGCUGCUCGAAGAGAUUGUACAGUUCGAGAAUGUGAAAGGCUGAAACAGCUCGCACAACAGGUGUUCUUGUUGGAAGGUCAACGUGAUCUUCAACAAACAGGAUAUCAACCAAGCAGUCCCCAGUCACAGUCUGAAUAUAUGUCUACCAAUGUGUCUGAUAACGGGGAAGAACGCAGUUACAUCUUCCUUCUGUAUCCCCCAGAUGUAGGCCACACUUUGAAUCCAGAUCUGUACAUUGUGCGUGUACCAUUUCGGAAUCUGGUUGUUGGACUUCUGGCACAUCAAAUGCUUCUGCAGACUGUUGGCACCAUUUUAUUGGAAGGGACAACUCAUAUCAUACCCAGUUUGGCCAAUGUUUUACUGCACAGCCCUGCAGCUAAACUUACUGAUGACAGGGAUCAAGCAAAGUCACGGAAUGAGCAACAAAAAUUAUCAGGUCUUAUGAAGUACAUGCUGCCAGCUCACAUUCAAACACUUCUGUUGUGUUUGGAUGUUUCAUAUGACAGGGCAAUACAGUUUGAUUCACGGCCUGGAUUAAAAUUUCUGGUUCAGAAAGUAGCUAACCUUGAACGAGCUGCCAAUCUUUAUAGGCAAGCAGGUGCAGCAUGGACAUUGAAAGUAGUAACUUUGUUUGAUUUGUGCUUACAUGAAGUGUGGAAGAGUGGAGUUACUCUAGAAAAGGUCAAGUUAAUUCUGGAAGAUGAAAGGAACAGCAACACUAAAUCAACAGAAGGAAUUAUGCAGAAGCCAGGAGCAGAAACGAAUUAUGACUAUGGCGAUAUGUCAGUUUUCUUGAAAAGGUUACGUCAAAGUUUUGAUCAACUCUGUGAGACAUAUGUUGAUGUUGUUCUUGACAAAGAUGGACAGCAUUCAGCUGUUGAUCAGAUUUCUGAUCAGCCAAUAUUUUUUCUUAUAGCACAUCCAGAUGAUUUUCCUGAAAUAAAGAGGAAGGAAUCUCUGAGUAAGAAUAUGACAACAAAUUAUGAAGAGAAGGAUGCUAUCUCUUUCCAGGCAAAGACAGAAGGUUCGUCCUGUGUAAGAACAGAAGAUAAAAGUAUUAAUAAAGAUUUAGAACAUGAUACUUCAGAGGCUGCUGAUGAUGAGUUUUCAGCUACAGAUGAACCCGAUCAAAACAUUCAUAACACAGAUCAAGUUGCAGUCUCAGAAGAAACUGUGUGCAAGGAAAUAUCAGUUGGAAGUGAACAGCAUGUGAGCAUAAGUAAACCUUUUGCUCUAGCUGAUUUUGCUCGUCGCUACUCCUCGUCAAGUGAUAGUGAUACUGAAGUGAGGCUUGAUACUAAUGUCCUGUGUGAUGGACUUUCAGCUAAUCAUGAGGUUGUGAAUGAUUCAGUAUAUGAAGUUGCAACAGAGAAAGAUAUAGAGGGAUUGAUGGGGGAGUACAAAAAACAUAAACAAGCGCACACCAUGCCUACUUCAUAUACAGACAAGCGUAAAAAUCCAUUCCUUACACAAGGGCAGGUUGACACUGCAUUUGAGCCACCACCACCCAGUGAGCCGGUGCCACUUGAGAUAGAACGCCAGCGCCAAAGCAGCCUCUUCAGGGAUAGUGAAGCUCACCGAAAAGUCUGGGCAGAAAUGCUGGGCUCUGUGUUUGAUCUCUUGGCGCAGUUAGAUGAUAACCAUUUUCGCACAUUGUUACCUGUGCUGUUCCAUGGUGUACGCCAGCUCACAGCACAUGCUACAGACACUACACUGAAACAAGCUGUUGCUGAAUUUUUCUAUCGAGUUGCUGUGCUAUAUGGAUUCAGUCCAGAAUAAGCUGCAUUCUGUUCGUUGUUGAUAUAUUUUAUGCUGUUGUUGUCUGGUGAAAAGUUAGCUUCUUUGAUUUACUGUGUUCCUACAAUAUUAAUGUUACAUGUAUGUCUAUAAAGGUGUAAACAAAUAAGCAGAGAAAACGGGACCAUAGAGAUCACACUGAAUGAUGAAUCAAAUGUGACAAGUCAUUACCAAAAAAGUUUCUUCAUGGUCCAUUAAAUUAUUCUGGCUGGCAGCCAUAUAAUAUUGUAGAUGUGAACCAAUGUGUCAGUCAUUAUUAAAGUGACCUUUCAUCAGGGCACGUAAUAUUGCAUAUUCUGAUGAUG